AUGCUAGAACUUUUCUUACAGCUUUUGAACGACCACUCGGCAGCUGGUUUAAGCUAUGGCAUAUUCCGUCGAAAAGAAAUUACAGAAGAGGCACAAACAUUGCUUAUUUACGACAUGGGAGCCUCGAAGACAACAGCAGCUAUAUUGGAGUACAGGUAUGAUAGAACAUUAGGCGGAUUGGAAAUUUCUUUGCGUCUACGGAAUCAUCUUGUGAAGGAAUUCCAAAAGCAGAAGCAAGUCAGUCAGGACAUAACAAAGAAUCCUCGCGCUAUGGCGAAAAUGUUCAAAGAAGCGGAAAGAGUAAAGCAGGUUUUGUCAGCAAAUGUUGAUCAUAUUGCACAAAUUGAAAGUGUUCAUGAAGACCAGGAUUUCAAAGUAGUUGUUACUCGUGUACAGCUUGAAGAAAUGAUAAAAGACCUUGAGCCGAGAAUUAUGAAGCCUGUAGAGGAUGCACUGGCAAUGGCAGAAAUGAGCAUUGAAAAGAUAGAUCAGAUUGUCCUGAUGGGAGCAGCGACUCGUAUGCCGAAGGUACAGAAGCUUGUCGGAAGCUUGUUUAAAGGAAAAGAGCUAAGUAGGUUCUUGAACACUGACGAAUCCAUUGCAUUGGGUGCAGUUUACCAAGCAGCUCAUUUAAGCAAAGGGUUUAAAGUUAAGAAAUUUGACGUGCGGGACCUCCAGAUCUUUCCAAUUCAAGUAGAUUUUCUUGCUGCUCCUAAGAAGGAUGGUACAGUUAGCGAGCGCAUUGUGCACCGGCCAAUAUUUGGCUAUAAGAGUUAUAUGCCGUCCACGAAGAAGAUCCUUUCUUUUUCAUCUUUUACAAAUGAUUUUUCAUUCAAUGUCAAUUAUGGUGAGCUAAAGCACCUGACGCAAAAACAGUUGAGUGAAUUCGGUUCUACUAACAUCAGCAGCGUUGAUUUGAUUGGUGUUACAAAGGCCUACAGAGAUUUGGUGAAUGGUGAGGGUGGAGCAUAUAAAGGUAUUAAAGCACACUUUAGUUUGGAUGGCUCUGGUAUUGUCUCCAUUGAGGGUGCUGAAGUGUGUAUUGAGAACCCACCAAAGGAAGAAUCUGCUUUUGCUUCAUUGGCUGGAAAAAUCACUGGCUUGUUUUCAUCUUCUGCUUCUACGGAAGAGUCGAAGGUGGAGAAAGAAGAGAAGGUUGAGGAUGAGACGAAGAGGGCUGAGGGCAAAGAAGCUAAGGAGAAAAAGCCUACCAAAGAUUCCGAAAAUGAUGAAAGGAAGAAUAAUGUUACCGCUGAUGAGGCAGCAAAAAAACACGAAGAAAAAAAGAAAAACGAAACUGAGGUUGUUAAGGAGGACAGCAAACCUAAAUUGAAGAAAAUUUUUCUGGAGGUAAAAGAAGAAAGACAUGAUGUGAAUGUUUUGUCAGACAGUGAAAUUCAAGUGGCAAAAAAACGGUUGAGUGAGUUUGCGUCUGCGGAAAGAGAAAAAGCUAAUCGAGAGGAAGCGCACAACAGCUUGGAGUCUCUUGUAUACGAUGUGGCUGAUAAAAUUGAACAGGAACAAAUGCAGAUCUUUAUCACUUCUGACGAGAAAGAAGCUAUUACAAAGGAAAUAGGUCGCGUUCGACAGUGGUUAGAGGAGGAAGUCGGUGCUGGCACAUCUACUGAUGAAUUUUUGAAGAACAAAAAGAUAAUAGAAGACUUGUUGCGUCCCAUAGUUUUUCGUAUCGAAGAGCAUAACGCUCGCCCAGCUAUGACGGCAGAACUUUUAUCUUUGUUCAAUCAUUCCGAAAUAUUUGUUGUCCUUGGAAGAAAUCUAACAGAUAGUGGAGUAUUUACAGAAGUCGAAAUUUCGACAUUGGAAAAAGUCCUCAAUGAAACAAAGAUAUGGUGGAAUGAGAAGAACGCGACGCAAAGAAAAUUAAAGCCUACUGAUACUCCAGCGUAUACUGUGGAGGACAUGAAAGAAAAGAUGCGAGCUUUGGAUCGUGAACUGAGGUACCUUGUGAACAAAAUGAAAUAUUCGAAGCCGAAAAAUAAGAAGGAGGAAAAAAUUUCUAGUCAGAAUGAUACAAGCGACAGUGAUGAAAAUGUGGUCGAAGUAGAGGAUGAAGGAGUGAACCCCGAUCAGAAACCUGAGUUAAGUGGAAAUCAGUCGUCGCUUUCUGAAGAUUCAAUAGAGGACAGUAAAAAGUUACCGUCGGAGACGGAUUCUAACGAUUGUGAAGGCGAUUCGUGUGGCAAUAAGGAUAAGAUACAUGAUGCAACGGAGCUUUAG